AUGGCCCUUUCGGGAGGUCCAUGGGUGAUACUUGAUCACUACCUUCUAGUGCACCCUAGGUCGCCAAACUUCCGCACGUCAGACAAGCCCCACAGAUCAGUGGUUGCCUGGGUCCAAUUUCCAGAACUCCCAGUUCACUUCUACCAUCAAGAGGUCCUUUUUGCGAUUGGGAAUCUGAUUGGUAGAACGAUUAAGCUUGACUAUCACACAGAAAAUUUACAAAGGGGGAAGUUUGCUCGUAUGGCGAUCGACCUGGACAUGACAAAACCCCUUCCGACGAGGAUCCACCUCGAUGGCAAGUGGCAAGGUGUUAUUUACGAAAAUCUACCUCAUAUCUGUUAUGGAUGUGGGAAAAUUGGUCAUGUUGGAGAACGAUGCCCUGCAAGGGCGAACUCUUCGGAGCUGGCUCUGGUUACCGGCCCCGACGGCGCUGGCAAUGCUGGCGAUGGUCUUUCACCGCCGGAAGCUCCGGCCGGUUACGGCCCCUGGAUGCAGGUCACGAGGAAAACUCGGAAGUUGACAAAAGCUAAAUCGGGUAAUCACGCAAUCAGCUCAACCUCUGGCGCGGAUCUUGGGAAAACGGCUCUUAAAUCGGUCACAAAGGGAAAAUCAGAGUCAGAGUUGAAGGGGAAAAAGGAAAGUAAGGAAUUGCAGAGGAAGGAAACUCAUACCUCACAAAAAGGGAAGGCCAUCACGGUGGAGACUUCGGGCCCCAACGGUAAAACGAAAGGAGUUGUCAUUCAGGAGUGGAGGGAGGUUGGAUCCUCAGAAGCGGGCUCUAGUAUGGGCCGUCCGAUGGAGGCCCAUUCGGUGGACAAGGACCAACUUACCAAGCCUGCUUCGACUACUAUCAUGACCAAAGCACUCCAAGGCCCCAACAACACAAACAUUCAGAUCGUCUCGGUCCCUCCUCUCCUCAGCUCAUCCAAGGAAAACCAGAACCCAAAUUUGAAUAAAAAGCACUCGAGUCAACGGCCACAAAAGAAGAACCCAGAAAAGAUGCUGAACGCUAUCCAGAACAGGGGAAUCAACCACAAGACAAACAAGAAAUCUCUCCAGCUGAGCUUGAUUGCCAAAGAUGCUCUCAAGAAGUCGAAAGAUGGUGGCUUCUCCAUCACCAUCAAGGACAUCGAAGAGCUCUUUGCUUCCUCUAAUGCUAAAGUUUUUGCUCCCCAAUCUUUGGCUGCUGAAAAGACAAAUGAGGUGGCUAUGGAGGAAGAUCAGCAAGGAAACUCGCUGGAGCCCUCCUCUGAUGCCCCCAUUAAUCGUGGAACUUCGGCUGCCAUCAACCAAGAAAAUCCGGCAGCUCUUAACGAAAUCCUGGCUUAA